AUGGCGGCUGGGGUGGCCGGGUGGGGGCUGGAGUCAGAAGAGUUCGAAGAUGCUCCCGAUGUGGAGCCCCUGGAGCCCACACUCAGCAACAUCAUCGAGCAGCGCAGCCUCAAGUGGAUCUUCGUCGGUGGCAAGGGCGGCGUGGGCAAGACCACUUGCAGCUGCAGCCUAGCAGUACAACUGUCCAAGGGGAGAGAAAGCGUCCUCAUCAUUUCCACGGACCCAGCCCACAACAUCUCUGAUGCCUUUGACCAGAAGUUCUCCAAAGUCCCCACCAAAGUGAAGGGCUAUGACAACCUCUUUGCUAUGGAGAUUGACCCAAGCCUGGGCGUGGCAGAACUUCCAGAUGAGUUCUUUGAGGAAGACAAUAUGUUGAGCAUGGGCAAAAAAAUGAUGCAGGAGGCCAUGAGUGCCUUCCCUGGCAUUGAUGAGGCCAUGAGCUAUGCUGAAGUUAUGAGGUUGGUGAAAGGGAUGAACUUCUCAGUUGUGGUAUUUGACACGGCCCCAACUGGUCACACACUUCGGUUGCUCAAUUUCCCCACCAUUGUGGAGCGGGGCCUGGGACGCCUCAUGCAGAUCAAGAACCAGAUCAGCCCCUUCAUCUCACAGAUGUGCAACAUGCUGGGCCUGGGUGAUAUGAAUGCUGACCAGCUGGCCUCCAAGCUUGAAGAAACCCUGCCUGUCAUCCGGUCGGUCAGUGAGCAGUUCAAGGAUCCGGAACAGACAACUUUCAUUUGUGUCUGUAUUGCUGAGUUCCUAUCCCUAUAUGAGACUGAACGACUCAUCCAGGAGCUGGCCAAGUGCAAGAUAGACACUCACAAUAUAAUUGUCAACCAGCUGGUGUUUCCUGAGCCCGAGAAGCCCUGCAAGAUGUGUGAGGCCCGGCACAAGAUACAGUCCAAAUACCUCGACCAGAUGGAGGACCUCUAUGAAGACUUCCACAUUGUGAAGCUGCCGCUGCUGCCCCAUGAAGUUCGAGGGGCUGACAAAGUCAACACCUUCUCCAGCCUCCUGCUGGAACCCUACAAACCACCCAGUGCUCAGUAGCCUGGAAAGGCGGAUUGCCCACCCUUGGCCCUGGCUCCUCCUGCCAUGCAUUUCCCUGGAACUCUCCUCUGCCCCAAGGCAGAGUUUGCACAGAUGUUCCUGAUACCCCACAGAGGGAGCUGCUGGUUUGGGGGAGAAAAAGAGGGUAGGGGCAAGGAAAGGAAGGUAUUUAUUUCUUACUCCCUGGGGGCAGGGAGCUGAGCUUACUGGGGCCAGGUGGGAGGGGUGGGGGAAGAAAUAACAAAUUCAUUUAGGCUGUGUCCUGCAGCCUACCUCUGUGUCCGGGGUUCCAGGCUGCUAUCUGUCUCCUUAGGACCCUGCUGCCUGGCACCUGGUCACUGACUCUAAGCGACCAUGUUUCCUCCCUGCCCCCCUACCCCCACCCCAGUCCAAUAACUUCUCUCCCUCUUCCCCAAUAAAUACGAUCUCUAAUAA